AAGAACAAUACUUUCAAAGAAGUUUCGCAUGGACUAGGAAAAUAUCCAGACAUGGUAUCUGUUCGAAUACAACUUGAUAAUGGCUUUAUGUCAGAUGGUCAAGGAGUGGUGUUUCAUGCCUUACCUGUGUCCACGAACUCUCUAUCCGGAGUAUUAUAUGGAUAUAAUAACGAAAAUGUACGAGUAUGGAUACCAUUUAGACUCUCGGGGGAUUUUACUUGUUUUGGAACUGUAUGUUGUAGCUUUGAUGGUUGGAGCACAAAUUUAUUGAAAUAUAAUGGCACAGUAAACAUCCGGGCUUGGUUACUUGACCAUAAUUUUCAUGAUUUUACAGUUGCCACUCAAGAGGUUAACAUUUUCAGUGGAGAGAGUCCAAUAUUAUUUCCUGAAAUGGAUUUUUCAGAUUUCUAUAUCAAUGUUGAGGUGAUCACUGGUUAUGGUGACAACUCAGAGUAUAUAUUUGGCGCAGCUGGUUCAGCCAUGUUGGGCACUGUAGAUGGUGAUUAUGGUGGACUAAUCUAUGUUUAUACAAACAAUAGUGUGAUGGUUUGGAUACCAAAUGCAAACAACAAAGGUCAUGUGCAAUUUGUAGGAGGACGAUGGGGUAAUAAAAUACAGGAUAGUAGAUGCGAUGAUGGACAACUAAUUGUUAAAGUGUAUACUUUUGGUGAUUUAAUAAAAUGUGAAGUUCCUGUCACAGUGGCAAAUGCCUUUUUUACGAUGAAUGGUUCUAAAGUAACAUAUGAUUGUCAUCCUGGCUACACACAUGAGACAGGAAAUUUAACCCGUACAUGUCAGUCUAAUGGCACAUGGAAUGGUUUUCCUCCAGUAUGCACAGCAACAACAAUGCAGUGUCAUGACCCAGGAGCAGUUGCUAAUGCCACAUAUACCUUGCAUGGUCAAUCCGAAGGAUCAACAGUAACAUAUGCAUGUAACACAGGGUAUAUAUACGAAGCAGGAUUUCUGACACGCACCUGUCAGUCUGAUGGAACAUGGGAUGGUGUUCCUCCUGUAUGUACAGGUACAUGUGGAUUACCUCCUACAUAUAAUUAUACAACACAGACCUACACUGGCGUGACAAGCGGGAGUAUCGCACAGUUUAAAUGCAACUUUGGGUAUGCAUUUGCUUCAGGCAGUACCCAGCACCAGUGUUUUCCGCCAAACUGGAUGGGAAACCCUGUUGUGUGUAAAGACGUGCUUUCAACUAAAGAAGUAACAGAAAUGAUAAACAAGAUAGAAAAAGAACUAACAGUCGACAAAAAGACAACUUCUACAUUUCACAGACGUAAACAUUGUGCUGAGGAUCCACGGCCAUCCAGUAAACAAAUUGGUUUGAUAGGCAUGUUUAUCAUGACAGUUUAUUUCUCUUUGAUUCUAAUAUUGGAUUGCAUUGGAAGCGGAAGAAAGGAAUGACUGCUUAGAAGAUACUAGACUGCAUUGGAUGUAGAAGAAAGUAUAUGGCCGUUUAGAAGAUAAUAGACUGAAACAGUAAUAAAUACAAUUUCAGUAUCUUCUACCAAAUGACAACCUGUUUUCUAUGCUUCGGUGAUGAUUUUAUUUAAGUGAUGUAGUUUAUAAGAUUGACGACAAACUUCUCCUUGGACAUAGCACUUAAUCAUGUUGUAGAAAAUUUGUAAAUGGUCAUUUCAUUCUGAUAAAUUCUUCCCUCUUCAUGUUCGAAUUAUUUAACUGUAACAUAUUUUUUUGCACAAUUAUUAAAUGGGUUUGUCAACCUUAUUGAAUUUACUCCCUUGAAUCC